AUGAAACAAGUGGUGGACAAGACGGGGUUGGGAGGUGAUUCUGACCCAUGUGCUCCUUUGCUCCUAGGGGAACCCUCCGAGCCUUCCAACAGCAGCCAGCCCCCAAGCCAGAAUGGGAGUGAUGCCGAGGCCACCCCCGAUACAAACCUCACCUUCUCCUCCUACUACCAGCACUCCUCCCCGGUGGCUGCCAUGUUCAUCGUGGCCUACGUGCUCAUCUUCCUCCUCUGCAUGGUGGGCAACACCCUGGUCUGCUUCAUCGUGCUUAAGAACCGGCACAUGCGCACCGUCACCAACAUGUUUAUCCUCAACCUGGCUGUCAGCGACCUGCUGGUGGGCAUCUUCUGCAUGCCCACCACCCUUGUGGACAACCUCAUCACUGGGUGGCCCUUCGACAAUGCCACAUGCAAGAUGAGCGGCUUGGUGCAGGGCAUGUCCGUGUCGGCUUCUGUUUUCACACUAGUGGCCAUUGCUGUGGAAAGGUUCCGCUGCAUCGUGCACCCUUUCAGCGAGAAGCUGACCCUGCGGAAGGCGCUGCUCACCAUCGCGGUCAUCUGGGCCCUGGCCCUGCUCAUCAUGUGCCCUUCGGCCGUCACGCUGACCGUCACGCGCGAGGAGCACCACUUCAUGGUGGACGCCCUCAACCGCUCCUACCCGCUCUACUCGUGCUGGGAGGCCUGGCCCGAGAAGGGCAUGCGCAAGGUCUACACGGCCGUGCUCUUCUCGCACAUCUACCUGGCGCCGCUGGCGCUGAUCGUGGUCAUGUACGCGCGCAUCGCCCGCAAGCUGUGCAAGGCCGCGGGGCCCGCGCGCACCGGCGAGGAGGCGGCGGGCGAGGGCGCGCGCGGCGCGCGGCGCAGGGCCCGGGUGGUGCACAUGCUGGUCAUGGUGGCGCUGUUCUUCACGCUGUCCUGGCUGCCGCUCUGGGCGCUGCUGCUGCUCAUCGACUACGGGCGGCUGAGUGAGCCGCAGCUGCACCUGGUCACCGUCUACGCCUUCCCCUUCGCCCACUGGCUGGCCUUCUUCAACAGCAGCGCCAACCCCAUCAUCUACGGCUACUUCAACGAGAACUUCCGCCGUGGCUUCCAGGCCGCCUUCCGCGCCCAGCUCUGCCCGCCGCCGUGGGGGAGCCAGCGGGAGGCCUACUCCCAGCGGCCCAGCGGGCUCCUGCGCACGCGGGUCUUCGUGGAGGUGCGGCCCAGCGACUCAGGCCUGCCCUCCGAGUCGGGCCCGAGCAGCGGGGCUGCCAGGCCCGGCCGCCUCCCGCUGCGCACUGGCCGCGUGGCCCACCACGGCUCGGGCGCCGAGGGUCCUGGCUGCGCCCAUAUGCCCCUCACCAUACCAGCCUGGGACAUUUGA